AUGUUUGGUGACGAAGUCGCUGUCACUACCCUCCCUCAAAAUGGACUUUCACGACAUCACAAGAUUAUUGAAUCCCUUCUCGACAAAGGAGAAAUUGCAGUGAUCCCAGUACCCGGAAAGAUGACUGCCCACUGCCCCGACAACAGUCGUGAUUAA